AUGAAUGUAACUAAUAAUGUGGUAGUGACACCAGCACAUCUACUGACAUUAUUACCUGGAGCUAUUCCACCUGAAUCAACAAAUUAUUUCUAUGGGAAAAUUACACGUGAACAAGCUGAAGAAUUAUUAUUUACACAUGGAGCUAACGAAGGUCUAUUUUUAUUACGUGAAUCAGUAAAUAGAAAUUACGCUGUAUCUAUAUGUCAUUUGGGUCGUGUACAUCAUUACAAUGUGGAACGACAAACAGAUUGUUCGUAUAGAAUUCAAACAGGCCAUAAAUUUGUUGGUCCAGUUGAAUUAGUUCAACAUCAUUCAACACAAUUGGAUGGUUUUCUUACAUUAGCUCAAUUACCAUUAAAUCGUCCAGUUGGUAUGUCACCAAUUGUUUUACAAGGUUUAAAUGCUAACGAUUUGGAACAUAAUUUACGUUUAAAAGCUAUAGAAAUGGGAUUAAAAGGCCAAAGUGUUGAAGAAGCAUUAAAUGGUCCAAUGCGUAAUCAUUUACGCUUUUUAGUGAUAAAAGAUUUACAUUUAUUACAACCAUGGUAUCAUCAUACUAUAAGACGAUAUGAAGCUGAAUCACGUUUGGCUAGUGAAGGAAAUCAAGACGGUGCAUUUUUAGUUCGUUAUCGUAAAGAAGACAGAACAUAUGUAUUAAGUUUAACAAGUCAAAAUGAACCAAAACAUUAUCGUAUUGAAGAAUAUUUAAGUAGAUGGUCUAUAGAAGGUGGACAAUAUUUUGAAACCAUCAUGGAACUAAUUGAUCAUUAUCAUUUUCGUCAAGAUGGAUUAUUAUGUAAAUUACAAAAACCAAUACCAGUAUCGAAUUUCACACGUUCAUUUUCAGGUUCCGGUGGUGUAUCAAAAAUUACAACAAAGGAUGACUUCAAGAUUCCUAUUAUUUCCGAUAAAAAUCAACAGUUUAAACCACAGACAAUUACGUCAAAUAAUUGGAAUGGUAGUCAUUCAUUGCCAUCUCUUAAUUCAAUUCCAGUCACUGGAGUUAAUCCAUUUAACAAUAUUACUACUACUAAUAUACAAUCUAUAGUGAGUAACGGUGUAAACGAUACAAUAACCUCGAAAACAAUAACACCGGUGACCACUACUGUUACUAGUAUCACUACCACUACUACUACCUCUACUAUUAACAGUACUCCUACUCUUGCUACAAAUCCAAGCAGACAAGAUUUAAUUUCAUUCAAUGAAUGGCCAAAUGUUACAAUGCUUUUAUCCAAUCAAAAUUCAUCAAAUGAGAUAAUAAGAACAACUGGAUCAAUUGUUCCAGGAGCUAAUACAACGAUAACAGCAAAUGAACAAGCUUGUAAUUUUAUAAAUCGUUAUCCAAAUUCACAAACAUCAUUCACUCCAUCCAUCGUUAAUUUAUCAUCUAGACAAACACCAUUAAAAAUGACUAACAGUAAUAAUGAUAAUAAUAAUAACAAACAUCUUUCAUCAAAUCGUUUAAUUCAAACAUCCACAGCAAAAGUUACAACAACAACCCUAGCGGAAUCGGCAAUGGUUACAACAUCAAAUUCUGGUAAUUUCACAAAUGCUAUGUUAAUAGGAUCUACACUUAUACCACAAAUGGCCUUAUUCGAUAGAGAAAUAAAUGAAGUUACUAAAUUAAUGAAUGGACAAGCUACAUCUGUUAGUAAUAAUACACAUAAUACUACUAUGAGUAGUAAUGCUAACGUAAAAGAUUCACGUGUUGGUUGUUUAAAACCGAUCAGAUUAAACGAACCAUUAACAACAAUGAGUAAAGCAUUUGCUGAAGUGGACAAUGCUAUUGCACAAGUUGUAUCAAAUGCUUUCUCUUCUUCGUCUACUAACAGACAAUUAAUAUCACCAAUAACUGGUACAAUUACAAAUGUUAUAACAACUACCACUACAGUAAUGACAACUAUGAUUGCACCAAGUACAGAUAAUUUGAAGAAUAAUAGUUGUGUUAAUACUCAUUUUAUACAUAAUCACUGUAAUCAUACCACUGCUAAUAAUACUAUUGAUCAUCAUAAUGAUAAUGUGAAUAUUAUUGACAAACGUAUCACUAAUACUAUUAUUAAUAGAGAAUUCCCAACACAAACAUUACAUUUUCCUCCGAUAUUGGAUACACCAUGGGAAGAACCAGAUUGUAGUGAAGAACAUGCACAAAGUACAUCCAGUAGUGGUGGAUCAUUUGGUGGUGGCUUUGAUAGUUGUAGUAGUGGUGCUGGAAGUUGUGGAAAUUCUGGACUAACACCAACUAAUACAAAUUUAUCCACAUUUAUUGGAAAUAAUCCAUUUUUACCAUUGAUUAGUCCAACGUUAACGCGUCGUACUUCUUCAUUGAAUAAUUCAAAUCAUUUAAUGAAUAAAAUAAAUUUUACAGAUAAUAAUAAUAAUAAUGAAACACCUUGUUCAACUACUACUACUAAUAAUAAUAACAGUAGUAGUAAUAAUAAUACUGUUGGUAAUAUCGGACCAAUAGAAACUCAAUCAAGUCGUAGCGCUUGGGCAAAUGCAAUCAGUCCAGAGAAUGCUCAACAAAUUUAUGAUGAAUUGCCACCAUCGAAUUUCUUGUUAAACUCACAAACAGUAACACUGAAAGAACGAUUAGGUGGAGGAAAUUUCGGUCAUGUGGUCAAAGGUUUGUAUCGUACUCCUUCAGGACAAGAAGUACCAGUUGCAGUGAAAACUCUGAAACCAAAUCAAAUUGUCAAUUCUGGUGAACGUGAAAUUCUCGCUGAAGCACGUACAAUGGCUCAGUUGAAACAUCGACAUAUUGUAAGAUUAAUUGGUGUAUGUAAAGAGGAACAAUUUAUGCUUGUUCUUGAAUUGGCGCCUUUAGGUCCAAUUAAUAAAUAUUUGAAAAAACGCCCUGAUGUCAGUGUGCAUACACUGACUGAACUGAUGCAUCAAGUUGCAUUGGGUAUGGCUUAUUUGGAAUCGUGUAAAUUUGUACAUCGAGAUUUAGCUGCUCGUAAUGUCCUACUGGUUACACGUCAUUUUGCAAAGAUUAGUGAUUUUGGAAUGAGUAAAGCAUUGAAUUUCGGUAGUGAUUAUUAUCGGGCUGCAACGGCUGGGAAAUGGCCUCUAAAAUGGUAUGCACCUGAAUGUAUAUAUUACUUUCGAUUUGACUCAAAGUCUGAUGUAUGGAGUUAUGGUAUAACUUUAUGGGAAGUUUACUCCUAUGGUGAAAGACCAUAUAGAGAUAUGAAAGGUGCACAAAUAUUGGCAAUGUUAGAUCAAGGUCUACGUUUAUCACGACCAAGUCGAUGUCCAGAAUCAAUCUAUAGUGUUAUGCAACAAUGUUGGAAUUUUGAAGGUGUACAUAGACCGACAUUUGCAGAACUUGUCUUAACAAUAUCACGUAUUUUAAGAGCAAUGCCAUCACCACAAGCAAAUAUUUGCAUUCCCAAUCAUCAUCAUAGUAAUAAUAGUGGUAGUACUAAUAUUAAUGCCAGUAAUAAUAAUAAUGUGUUAUCAAGUAAUUUAUCAACAAAGUUUGAUCAUUUACAUUCACCUACUCAUCAACAUAACAGUAAUAAAAGUGAUAACACUAACAACACCACCACCAUCAUACACAACAAUAAUACUGGUCUACAUCCAAUUGAAUUUAGUCCAUUAAGACGUCUUGGUGGAAUCGGUACAAGUGCAAGUUCCGGUGGAAGUGGUGUAAACAGUGGUGGAAGUGAUGGUACAUCAUUUUAA